CGAUUUAUUUAGAUCUCUCAAGUGCUAAGACCAUCCAAAUGAGUAUCCGUUUCUGGUGGUAUAUACCGAUACCGGCUUUUCAGCACGAAUCGAUCAUUACACGGUGAUUUUGUUUGUGGAUAAAACCUGUUGAAAUGGACCGUCUGAAAUAACAUUUCAAGCUCUUAAACGAUAAGAAAAUAUAACCAUUCAUAGGGUCGAUCAAUUGUUCAUUCUUCUGGAAAUAUGACGGAAUUAAAAGAAAGAAAGAAGGGAGAGAUCAAUCAUGGCUUCGAACCUGAGUACGAGAAUGGACCAACGUCUUACAAUGAAAAAGCCAUCGAGAUCAUUGACGGCCCCGACAACGGUGAAGGGGUAAAAUUAAAAAGAGAAGUUGGUCUACUUGGAGCAUUUGCUUACGUGGUUGGGUCGAUGAUUGGAUCUGGUAUAUUUGUAUCCCCCAAAGGAGUUCUUGCUUCAACAGAGAGCGUUGGGAUGAGUCUUGUUGUAUGGGUGGUAUGUGGUAUAGUUGCACUGUUAGGCGCUUUGGUGUAUACCGAAUUGGGUCUGAUGCUCCCCAAAUCUGGUGCUGAGCACACGUACUUGAACACGACCUUUGGUUCAUCCAUAGCCUUUGUGUACGCAUGGGUUAGUAUCACUGUUAUUCGUCCCGCAGGCAUCGCUAUCAUCUCAUUAACCUUUGGUCAGUAUAUGGUGGCGCCCUUCUACACUGGUGAAGAAUGCGGACCACCUGAUAUGAUUGCAAAGCUUUUAGCCGGUUGUUGCAUUGUCUUGCUGGCAAUAAUCAAUUGUUACAGUCUGAAGGCCGCUGCUCGAGUUCAAAUCAUAUUCACAGUGGCUAAACUUCUAGCUCUUGCAGUCAUUAUAAUCCUUGGUUUUGUGGAGAUUGGUCAAGGGAACACUGAAUAUCUGGACCCAAAGGAAUCCUUCAAAGGUUCGGCCUCUAAUGUUGCUGCUUAUGGACUCGCCUUUUAUGCUGGGUUAUGGUCUUACGACGGAUGGAACACGUUGAAUUUUGCCGUAGAAGAAAUGAAGAAUCCAGAAAAAACAUUACCCCGUGCUAUUUUACUGGGUCUACCAGUCACUACAGUAGUCUACCUUCUGACAAACAUUGCCUACUUCACAGUCCUCAGUCCAGAACAACUUAUGCAGUCAGAUGCAGUCGCCGUGACAUUUGCUCUCCAGACUAUGGGUCCUGCCUAUUGGUUGAUCCCCGUAGCUGUUGCUAUGUCAACGUUCGGAGCGGCUAAUGGCGUAUCUUUUAUCGCUUCAAGGUUAGCCUACUCGGUGGCACAAGAAGGUCAUUUCCCCCAGGUAUUAUCAAUGGCACAACACAAGAGGGUAACGCCUGUAGUUUCAUUGGUAGUUGUGUCUGUGAUCGCACUGAUUCUCCUGUUUGUUUCGAGCGAUUUGGAUAGUUUGUUAAAUUAUUUCAGCUUUGCUUCGUGGUUUUUCUAUGGUAUCACCGCCUUCACCUUCCUCUAUCUCAGAUACAAACACCCUGAUUGGAAGAGGCCAUACAGGGUACAUUGGAUAGUAGCAGUUUUCCUCCUAAUCGCUUCUAUAUAUUUCAUCAUCGCACCUAUCAUCAACGACCCCGCCCUCGAGUUUCUCUUCGCUGCUAUCUUCAUGGUCGGUGGAUUGAUUUUCUGGAUACCGUUCAUUCACUACGGAUAUCAACCAAAAUUCAUGGAACGUUUCACAACCUUCUGUCAGCUGUUUUUCGAACUUAUUCCGACAUACAACACGGAACUGGAGGAUCAGUCGACCAUGGAUGACGUUAAUGAAGAUGGAGCCAGCUCAGAAUAAUGUAUUAUACUAAUGAUAACACGGUUCUUAUAGCCAAAUAGAACGGGUGGAAUCCUGAUAAUAUAGAAGGAUCUAUCAGUUCAUAUCGAUGCUGAAAAUAUUUGUCCAUCAAUAAUUAGGCGAAGUGGUCCUCGGACGAAUGGCCUGUUAGCCUGCGUGGCAGUUGGCCCCACUGCUCAUUGCUAUAUAGACCACGAGUGAUGGACAGAACACUAUGUUAUUUGUGAUCUUUGUAUGGGACCAACAAAUUCAAUUCUGAUUGCAAUUAGAUAUAAACAUUCCUGCAUAAAAUGCUAGCUGUUGAUGUGAAAGUCUUAAAUUCAGCUUGGACUAAACAUGUGUUGUGAUUGCCCGCAUAAUUAUCUUUGGCAGUCAAGUUAGAAUUGGCCAUUCCGAAUAUAUGUGUCACCAUAAUGGCUUGUGCUAAAAUUAUACGAAACCCCAGAAAAUGUCAACAAAACUUGUUUACACUUUAUUUUUUAUAUAUAUAUAUAUUAGUUAAUAUUUCCGGGCCAGACAGUUAUUUAUGAUUCGAAAUUGUGUUCAUAUAUGUAAUCUCCACUGUUAGAGAUUUAUGUCGCAUGGUUAUCCGUAAUUAAACGACAGCUUUCGAUCAGGAGUUAAGAAUAAGGGCAUGAAAGGGAUUGCUCUGAUCAGUCCCCAUCAAAGAAAUUGUAUAAAAUCAGAAUUAUCUUGAAAAAUGUGGAAAUUGGGAAAACAAACCCAAUGUCUGAAACAUGCCAUCAAUGCAUUCCAUCUUAUGAAAAAGUGUAUAUAUUGUAUUUUAAACAUUCCAUUUGCUAGUCACUCUACUAUUAGAUGCCAAAUGUACGUAUGUUGAUUUUCAACGGACCUGUUUUGGGUUUUUCAUAUAGAUAUAUUCUGCUUCUUCUCGGCUGGUGUUUCAUAAAGUUGUUCGUAUCUAUACCGUACGCAUGACCGCACUAACCAUGCUCUCAGGUGACCUGUUGCCCGUUUCAUAAAGAUAUACAACUAUUGUAACUGUCAGUAUGGUAAUUAUCAUGGCAACAUGACACAGUAACCAAUUACAACAAAGAGUUUCCAUGGAAGUUACAAUAAUGACAAUUUUACAAUAGUUGAUUUUUUUUUUCUGAAACAGACCCCGGUACUUUUGCCAAAUGAAAUACACAAAUUACCGGUGGUUCAUCAAGGUGGAAGUCAAUUACCUUUAGGCCUUACCCUAACCAAAAUUUGACAAAUAUUUAUCAUAUUUAUGAAGUUUGCACUGAGGAGCUUCAAAGAUCGGAUGAUCAUCUUUAGCUGCUUUGGGUCUGUAAGAUUUCACAAGAUAAUGCCUUCUUGUCCUCUGAGAAUACAGUAGUAAUAAUAAUGUAAUACAAGGUAUUUGUAUAGCGCACCUAUCCACCUUGAUAGUUGCUCAAGGCGCUCCUUCAUUACCCGGCUAAGCUCGGCUAUACAUGAUUCCGGUUCUAAGCUUUUUGAGGAAUUACUUCCUGUCGGUACCUACUCACCUCACCUUGGAUGGGUGCAGCGCAUUGUGGAUAGAUUUCUUGCUGAACAAAAUUACGCCGUGGCUGAGAUUCGAACCCAUGACCCUCUGUUUCAAAGUCCGGUGACCAAUCCACCAUAGAGUCGUAUGUAAGUUACAAAUAGCUGAAUGAAACAUCCCUGGUUGCCUAAUCGUGUUAAUAACAAGCUAUUACAAGACCCAAUUAUUAGCAAAAGAUUGAUUAAUCAAAAUCGAAUGUGGAUACCGAUAUAUACUUGUUGCUAUCUGGAAUUGGAGCUUUUUGAUAGCUUCGAUCAUUUUCCUAAAAGGAAAUGAGUGAAAUAUAUAUUUUUAGUAGUAAACGGAAAUUAGAAUUGUAUAGACUUCUUUCUCCCUAUCUUUUUUUAAACUUCUUGUCUAUCCCAGUUUCUUUCUUUGCUGAUCAUCGCCUUCUCUCAAUCCUUUUUCUAUCCAUUUCUCCUCUCUUUAGAUCGCUAAUUCUUUCAUUUAUCUGUAAUACCUUAACUGAAGUACGUGCAAUAAAUAUCUUUGUGAGUUGAGAUGUUGCCUUUCCGUCUAAGCAUUGGGUCCAUGGUCUAAGUAAGUAGCAAUAAACAUCCAUGGUCAUUUUUUCUCCUUUAACUUUCCAUCGUUGUUGACUUGAUUGUUUUAUUGUUGGAUAUACAAUUAACAACUUAAACACUGCAUUUGUAUUCCACUGCCCUGCAAAAGCAUUAAUGUAUAAAUAUUUUCGUAAGAACUGAUUGUUUUCUUUCUCACAUCAAUUACACAAUCAAAUAGACAGUAUAAUCUUUGCCAUUUAUCCUCUAUGCCUGAAUGCAACUGAAACAUUGUAGUAGAUAAGAUGUCAAAUAAAUAUUGUGUAUAUAGCAUAAUCAUAUUUUGACUUGUGAAGAUUUAUUAAAUAUCUCUUAUUAAAACAUCA